AUGCUCAGCAUCACUGGGAACUUGACCAUUAUCACCUUGACUCUGCUGGAUGCCCACCUCCAAACCCCCAUGUAUUUCUUCCUCAGAAACUUUUCCUUAUUAGAAGUUUUGUUCACAACUGUCAGUAUACCCAAGUUCUUGGCCACCAUUAUUACAAGAGAUAAAACCAUCUCUUUUAAUGAUUGUGUGGCUCAGUUAUUCUUUUUCAUUCUCUUGGGAGUCAGUGAGUUUUACCUUCUGGCUACCAUGUCCUAUGACCGUUACAUUGCCAUCUGCAAACCGCUGCAUUGCAGAACCAUCAUGAAUCACAGAGUCUGCACACCGUUUGUCUUGGCCUCUUGGCUGGCUUCAUUCUUAAUCAUAUUCCCAUUAGUAAUGCUCUUCCUACAGCUUGAUUACUGUAAGUCCAAUGUUAUAGACCAUUUUAGUUGUGAUUAUUCCCCCUUAUUAUACCUUUCUUGUUCAGACACCAAAUUUCUAGAGGUAGUAGGGUUUUCCUGUGCUGUGUUUAUUCUAUUGUUCACUUUAGCGUUAAUAAUUCUGUCCUACACAUAUGUCAUCAGAACAAUUUUGAGGAUCCCUUCUACCACUCAGAGGACAAAGGCCUUUUCCACGUGUUCUUCCCACAUGAUUGUCAUCUCCAUCUCUUAUGGCAGCUGCAUUUUCAUGUAUGUGAAUCCAUCAGCAAAGGACAGGGUGUCUUUGAGCAAGGGGGUGGCUGUGCUAAACACCUCCAUAGCUCCCAUGCUAUCUAUGCUAUCUAUACCCUAA